CCAAACCGCUGCCACGUACAAAAGUCAAGCUACAAGCUGUACGCACGAGUGCGCUCCACUUUGAUGCAAACUGAACGAAUGGAGGUCCGGCAACGCAACGUGAUUCCGUCUCCUGUGAAUCUGUGAUUCCUAUCUAGUGUAGUCGCCAAGUACAAAUACUCUAAGCUAGCAGGAAGAAAACGAGACGAGUCGGCGACAAUUUUUGAGCACCAAGGUAGAGAAGAUCGUCUGAGGAAACACAGAUAAGUUAACUAGCUAGUAUGGAGCCGCUGACUCCUCUGCUGACGCCUUACAGGAUGGGCGAAUUCAACCUGGCGCACAGGGUGGUUCUGGCGCCGCUGACGCGGUGCAGGUCGUACGGGAACGUCCCCCAGCCGCACAACGUGCUCUACUACGCGCAGAGGGCGGCGGAGGGCGGCUUGCUCAUCGCGGAGGCCAACGCCGUGUCUGAGACGGCGCGUGGUUACCCGAACGUGCCAGGCCUCUGGAGCCAGGAGCAGGUCGAGGCCUGGAAGACCGUCGUUGAUGCCGUGCACGCGAAGGGGGGCGUCUUCUUCUGUCAGAUCUGGCACACGGGACGCGUGUCGCCCACAGAGUUCCAACCUAACGGUGGAGCACCAAUCUCAAGCACGGAUAAGCAAGUCAAGCCUGCAGUCAGCCACGACGGCACUGUACUGGAGUUCGCGGCCCCUCGAAGGUUGGAAACAGAGGAGAUACCCCACGUCGUGAACGACUUCCGAAUUGCCGCCAGAAAUGCUAUCAAAGCCGGUUUCGAUGGCGUGGAGAUCCACGCGGCCAACGGGUACCUGAUCGACCAGUUCAUGAAGGACGGAGUCAACGACCGCACCGACGAAUACGGCGGCAGCCUGGAGAACCGCUGCCGCUUCGCCGCCGAGGUCAUCGCCGCCGUGGCCGACGAGGUUGGCCCAAGCCGCGUCGGCGUGCGCCUCUCGCCCUUCGCCGACUACGUCGACUGCAUCGACUCCGACCCGGAGGCCCUCGCGCUGCACGUGAUCCGCAUUAUGAACGGGCUCGGCGUCUUAUACUGCCACGUCAUCGAGCCACGGAUGUGCGUCAACGAGAAUGACGGCAGGCUGAUCAUCCCUCACCGCCUGAUGCCGUUCAGGGAGGCGUUCGACGGAACUUUCAUGGUGAACGGAGGGUAUGACAGGGAAGAAGGGGACAAGGCUGUCGGUAAUGGUUACGCUGAUCUGAUCGCGUACGGGCGGCUGUUCUUGGCCAACCCCGACCUACCGGAGCGGUUCAGGAAGAACGCAGCUCUAAACAAGUAUGACAGGAGCACGUUUUACACCUCUGACUCUGUUGUUGGCUACACGGACUACCCUUCUCUUGAUCAAGCUUUAGAUUUUGUUAAGGAAUAAAAAAAUUGGAAUUUAUAAAGGGGGCCGUUUGCUGUGCAAUCACUUCAUUAAUGCAAUCGUGCAAUCAAAUUAGCGUUAACCAUC